AUGAACUACUUCCUAAAUCAUUCAACUACGGUGUUGCUGCAGUUUUCGGAGGGUCGAGGAGAGAGAAAGGAAGAGGAGAGAAUUUUAACAGCAUUUCGAUGUGAAGCAACUUUUGGAGAAGGAUUUGAGACUAAUUUCGGUCUUCUGACGUCGAAGAGUUCGUCAAAGAAUGGUACAACAUACUUUGGUGUUGUUGUGGGCCGAGUCGCUAACAGAAUCAGCGGUGCGCAAUUCACUUACAAAGGGGUAAUCUACAAACUCAUUCCAAAUGACGGGAAAAACAGUUUUCAUGGUGGCCCAAAAGGAUUCAGUCGCGUUAUCUGGGAUGUAGAUCAGUACUAUCCGAAUGAUCCUUCUCCUUAUGUUAGGUUCAGUUACUUCAGUCCUGAUGGAGAACAAGGUUUCCCGGGUAAUCUUAAAGUAAAAGUGACAUAUAAGAUAGUCGAAGGAAGCCAUCUGUCUAUUGCAAUGGAAGCAGAACCUUUGAACAAGGUAACUCCAGCUUAAUUUUCAAUUCGAUGUUCUCUAAUCUAUUUGAAAUUUCAGGUAUCCACAGAAUCUUUUUCGCCCCCCUGCCAUGGAAGAACCGCAGAUCUAGGGUUCCAGUGAACCAACUCUGCAACUUCAACUUCCUCUCUCCUAAAACCGCACUC